AUGGCUUGUUUCUCUUGUCCAACUAGAACAGUGGUGGUGGUGUUGAUUUCUCUCUUGUUCAUGAUCAGCACUUCAAUAGAUGUCUCAGCCAGUAAUUUCUAUCAAGAUUUUGAUAUCACUUGGGGCAAUGGCCGUGCCAAGGUACUCAACAAUGGGGAGCUUCUCAAUCUCUCACUUGACAAGGCUUCCGGUUCAGGCUUCCAGUCCAAGAACGAGUACCUAUUUGGAAAAAUUGAUAUGCAACUCAGGCUUGUUCCUGGAAAUUCCGCUGGCACCGUCACCGCAUAUUAUUUAUCUUCACAAGGAGACACACAUGAUGAGAUAGAUUUUGAAUUCUUGGGCAACCUCAGUGGUGAUCCGUAUAUUGUUCACACCAAUGUAUACACCCAAGGGAAAGGUAGUAGGGAGCAGCAAUUUUACCUAUGGUUCGACCCGACUGCUGAUUUUCACACAUAUUCCGUCCUCUGGAAUCCCCAAACCAUCACCUUCUACGUCGAUGACGCACCCAUCAGAGUGUUCAAGAAUUUGGAAUCACAAGGUGUUCCAUACCCAAAAAACCAACCAAUGAGGGUAUAUGCAAGUCUCUGGAAUGCGGACGACUGGGCCACGAGAGGCGGCCUUGUGAAGACGGACUGGACUAAAGCGCCCUUCACUGCUGCCUUCAGAAACUUCACAGCCACAGCUUGUGUUUGGUCCGCCGGAAAAUCUUCAUGCAGCAGCACAAACUCAAACUCCACCAAAAAUUCGUGGCUCUCGCAAGAGCUGGACUUGGCCAGUCAAGCUAGGCUGAAAUGGGUGCAGAACAAUUACAUGGUUUACAAUUAUUGUACCGAUACGAAGAGGUUCCCUCAGGGGCUGCCUCCGGAAUGCACCCUCAUUAACUCAUGAAGAAAGUGGCACCGAGAACCAGACCUUUAUUAUUAGCAAAAUUGAUCAACCUUUUUUUUUCCCUUAGAUUCUUUGAGUGGGCAUCUUCAAUAAGAAUGAGGUUUAUGCAGAGAGUGUAGUGUACAUGUAUCAUACUAUUAAGUAUCCUAGAACCCAAUAGAACAUAUUGUGCAUGGAGAAGUUGAUUGUUGGUUAUUUAAACGUUUAUGUUUCUUUAA